AUAACACGCCACAGUCUCAUCUAAGCCACAGCUAUGCGAACAUCCUCCCCAUCAUAGCCGAAAAUUCCUCACUCUAAUUCCGAACACGGCGAAUCGGCGCGAAACACAUUGCAAGAUAUCGCGAUAUUUUUUCUAAUUUUUCUUUGAACGCGGCCUGAUUAGAAGUUGCAGUUGGCGGCAAACGGGUGCGAUAUGGAAACUUUGCUAUCCGAUAACUACUUGCUUGGGAAUCUGUAAUAACAAUUUUAAUAUAAAACGAUUUUUAAUUCAAAACUUUCAUAAAACAAAGAUGCUGGGGUGUGUUUUGAGGGUAGUGAUCUCAAAAUUCGUAUUCGCGAAGCAGAUCAACCUGAGCUCGGCAGACGAUAGCCGAUGCUUAGACAAGUAAAUAAGUAAAUUCCUAAGAAACUUUGACAAUAUUUGGCCUUAUUAUCAAAUUAAAGCAGUUAACAAUACUAGUCAGUCAGAACCGUGUUUAGCAAUAGUAAGUUACCAUAGUGGAAUUUAAGCAAAACCGUAGGGAUUCAUAGUAAGGGCCACCUUGGUGGUAUGCUUUAUAUUGUAUCUUGUAUCGACUGCGCGCUGAUUGGUCGCUACGUCACGUGGCUUCCCGGCGCGCGACUUCAGUGCUGGAUGCUACUAACUGUAUACACGUUACCACAGCUUGCCGUCUCUGCGAAGAUAUUGUGCCUCCUGAUGGUGGUGAUUUGCGGCGCGGUGCCAUCGAUUCGAUCGGUUCGCCUCUACAGCCAGUGCUCGCACAUGUAUGUGAACGUGUUCCAAAACGGCACUGUUAUGGCCCUCUCCGAUGGAAACGAUCAACCGAAUCUCACCAUCAGCACACGCGGAGUGAGUCUAGAUCUGCUCAUCCACUCGCCUGUGCAGGACAUGUACCUGUGCUUCAACCGCUCGCGUUUGGUCGGCAGGAGAUUGACGAGAUUCCAAGCCGAAAGACAACCGACUUGUCUCUUCAAAGAGGAAUUUGUGGACGGCUACAACAGAUAUCAUUUGGUGAAGAACAAGGAUCGAUACAUAGGCUUCAACAGAAAGGGAAUACAAAUGAGACGCGGGAAGAGUCACAUUCCCGAUCGACAGCACAAGUGUUUCUCGUUCAUAAAGCAAGCCCACGACUUCGACAUCAACAGACACAACACUAUGAUAGCCGGCGAUCCUCCGAAGUGGCGCCCGCAGCGUAGACAACGGCCACCGUCGCAGAAUUCCAUAAAAACGCCCUGCCACCUCCGCCACAAUCAUGGCAGGCAUCAGAGGCGGAGGAACUGCGAGGGCACGUAGACAACUUGCCUCAUCAUUUGCAGCUCAUUUAUGCUUCAACGCUUUGCGCGUUCCGUUGCCAGCUGUCGAUGGAUUUUAUGAGUGGAGAGAGUAUUAGUCAACUACCGCAGUAUUAUUACAGUGACGAGGACUGGAUAGCGUUAAGUUAGCACUCAGCCGCGUUGGUCGCGGCGUUUUUAACGUCGCAUGAAGCUGAAGCGAGUGAGAGCAAACAUUUGAAUGGGGAGAAAAGGCCGAACUGGGACGUUGAAGCUGUGAAAUUCCUUAAGGUCGUGUAACAUCGUGGCGCGCGUUUGCUCUUGUGCCUGUUCGGACUCGUGCUCUAUAAUGAAAAAGGUUCUCAAUGGAAAGAGCAAAUAGUAGUCUCGCUAGUCACGAAUCUUCCGACAGACCACCGCUGAACUUGAUGAUUAAACGAGCGAAGCGUCGUCACAACUAACAUAUACAUAUGUAAGGAAUCCUCAGUUCCUUGCAACGAACCUCUUUGACUACGUUUAAUUUACGAAUGCCGCCGCUCCCGCCAUUAUGUAGUUGCAGCGUCUUCACGUCAAUUCUCAGUGUAUUAUAAUUUAAUGCUUUAUUGUUUAUUUAGUAUGGAUCCAGUUAUCUGCUUGUAAAUAUAAUAAACGUGUCUACUUAUUUAUCGAAAACGUUAAUCAAAAGAUUUCUAAGCGUAGAUGUUAGUGUAAAGUUGUAUUAAUUAUUAUUUUUUGUAAUUAAUAAUGUUUAUUUAAUCCGACCAACUGCUCUCUUGUGAUUAGCCACAGUUGUAUGUCUAGGUACAUAUAUCUAGAUGUUUUCUGCCGCCAAAAACAUCUUCCUUGACGUUUUCUGUUUUAAUCCUCGUUUGAAUUGAUUUUAAUGUAUGAUUUGAGAGUUUUGUAUAUAUUAUUUUAAGUGUUUGUAUGAGUGAUAGGUUUCGAAUCUCUUCUCGUCCUAAAUAUGAUAUUGUUUUUUUUUUUUUGGUCAACUCAAUAUUUUCAUUGAAGACUAAUACAUAACCAAAUAAAUAUCUUCAUUGCUGUCAGUACACUGAAUAAUUUAAAUAAAAUAUCAUAUGCACGAUAAAGGACAUUAAUUAAUAUUUAAUAUAUUGUUAAGAUCUGUGCCAUAGUGUGGUGGCAAUGUAUGGAUUUGUGUUCGCAUUGUAUUUAGUGUGUUAAGUUUGUCUGUAAACUACGAGUAGAUAAUUAUUUAAAUUAAGAAGAAUAACUGACUUAAUAAAUAGUGUUAUGCCCAGUGUCUAUUUAAAUACCGUAUGCUAUCAAUGUUGAACUUGGUGUGAUCGUCGCUUUAAUGACAAUACUUGUAAAAUACAUUCCACUUAAUGAAAUGUAAAAAAAUAUUUAACAAUAUAUGCGCUUAAAUAAACAAUAAGUUGUUAUACUUACGACGCACUUUAUGUAAUGCCGUUAUGUUUACAAUAUUCAAACGCUGAAGACGAAAUCGUAUAAUUGCUAAGAAAAAUUACGAUAUUAAAUCAUAUUUAACUCGAA